AUGGUCUCGGUGAACCUUCCAUGGGAAUUAGUGGAGGAGAUCCUAUAUAGGGUUCCACCUCAAUCUCUUGCUCGAUUCAGGACCGUAUGUAAGCAAUGGAAUUCUCUUUUUGACGACAACAAGUUUGUGAACGACCACUUGGUUCGAUCACGACCACAAUUCAUGUUCCGAACAGAUUCUAAGAUGUAUUCGGUAGCCGUUAAUUUCAGUGGUCCAUGGAUAGAGGUCCAUGAGUUAACCUUAGACAUUCCUGGUUUGAAUUGUGAGAUGCCAAUAUGGCUAUACAACUAUGUUGAUUGUGAUGGCUUGUUGUUUUGUACUAGCUACAAGUUUAAAGGGGUCUUGAUUUGGAACCCCUGGUUGAAACAAACUAGAUUAUUCGCAUCCAAUCAUCAUUAUCCAACGAAAUAUGUCAUAGGUUAUGAUAAUAAGAAACGAUACAAGGUGCUUGAUUAUGAAUUUGAACCAUCAUCAAAAUUGACGAUUUAUGAGAUUGGGUUAUAUUCAAAGAAAGUUAAAGAUUUGGAGUCUGAUAGUUCUUGGUCAGUUGUCCAAUCCAAUAGUGUAUCUCUGAAUGGAACUUUAUAUUGGGCUGGUGUAGAUGUUAACAAUGGUAUUUUCAUUAGAAGCUUCAGUUUUUCAACAGAGAGACUAACAACUUUUUGUCGCCUACCUUUGAAGUACAAUGAAGACAAUAUUCUAGCCCUUGCGGUUUUUAGGAAAGAUCGGUUUUCGUUGUUAAAACUAUGCAAUAAAACAUCAAAGAUAAAGAUUUGGUUGACAAAGAAUAGUAUAAAUAAUAGGGAGAUAGGAUUAGUAGAGGACGUGGUGUGGAUAAAACUCAUGACAGUGUUAAUACCUGAUUUCCCUAAAUUGCCAUUUCGUUGGUAUAAUCGUCCUGACCUAACUUACUUCCUUGACAACGAUGAUGCUAAGAGGCUCGUUAUCUGUUGUUAUGAUGAAACUCAACAAGUUUACAUCUACAUCGUAAGAAGAAAUAUUGUAAAAAAAAUCAAAAUAGAUCUCUUUGAGGAUCUACUUGAUCAAUCUAGUCCUCAUCUCCGUACUUAUAUCCCCAGUUUGGUUCGGCCUACCCAGGUCAAAGAGGACAAUAACAAACUAUAUGUAUUAUAA